UUUUCGUCCCUUUUCCUGCAGGUCUGUUCGUCCGUCCUCAUCCGCCGGCUGCAAUGACUAGCCUCCCAACCACGCCUUCCCCCAGAGGGGCGGACCUGCUAACCACCCCGAUCCUGCGGGCCACUGAAGCCUUGUCCCCAGAAGCUGAGGCCAGCACAGCACUCAUUGCAGUGGUCAUCACUGUGGUCUUCCUCACCCUGCUCUCGGUGGUGGUCCUGAUCUUCUUUUACCUGUACAAGAACAAAGGCAGCUACGUCACCUACGAGCCUGCAGGUGGCGAGCCCAGUGCCACCCUCCAGAUGGAAAGCGAGCCCGUCAAGGGCAAGGAGAAGGAGGAAUAUUUCAUCUAACGCCUGCUGGUGGCCCAGGGAGCUUGACUGUUGAUUAGGUGAGCGGUUCCUCUGAUGCCAGUAAGCAGCAUUGCUGGAUGUGGGCAGCUCAAAGUUCCCGCCAGAACACCGGCCCAAAUGUCAGCGGCAUCGGCACCAGGGACAUGGAGAAAGCAGCUUGUCUUUAGCCUGGCUUCAUAAUACAGCUGGUGUCUGACUGACAGACUAGCUAGGGUGAGGCGUGUGCUUGGACCUGGUAACACUGAGUUUGUGCCCCACUGUCUGCAUUUUGUUCUCAGGUUGGGGAGAGUGACCUAAGAGUUAGUAGCUGCUCUACUGUGUCCCUUUCCUGGUCCCCUAGAGAUAGCCCCAACUAGAUCUGGUGCCCAGUUCUUCCCAUCUUCCCAGAGGCUGGAAAACAGGCCAAGGCGAGACUGUCAGGAGGGGCCAACCAUGAUGGAGACUUGACCUGAUGAACGGGGCCACGGGGAGCCCUACCUUCCCACAUUCCCCAGCCACCCUCUAACUUGUACGGUUUUUAUCCAGAUUAAAUGUUUUCGUUGAGACAGAAA